CAUAGGUACCCUAUUUUUCAUAAUAUAUUUGAGUGAGUGUGUUUAGAGAGAGAGAAAUGGAUUUGAAUUCGUUUCUAACAUCGUUAGGAACGUACUGUCUGAUAUUUUUGAUUUUGGUAUUGCUUUACUCAUGGAUGUCGAGGUUGCCAGUAAACGCCGUCGUUUACUACCCCAAUCUCAUGAAUAAAAAGUCCUCCAAAUUACCCAAAGGGACCGGAACGACGUCGUUGGAGUUGGAUCCGACUAAAUACGGAUCCGGAUCGGGUUGCUGCAACCCGUUUGGGUGGAUCGGAGAUGCCGUUAAUUCUAGUGAAGAGGAUAUUAUCAACAUGUCAGGAGUGGACACUGCUGUCUACUUCGUCUUCCUCACCACUAUUUUGAAAGUACUAUUUUUAAGUGGGUUAGUUCUGCUACCAGUUCUUCUACCAGUUGCUGUCACUGAUGAUCGAUUGCAACGCAUCAAAGAAGAGAUAGAUGAUGAUCUUCCCCUUGAUCUUCAAAAAUUAUCCAUGGGAAAUGUCGAUGAAAAAAGUAGAAGGUUGUGGGCAUUUCUAGUAGGCGUGUACUGCGUUUCAUUUGUUAUUUAUUACUUGUUGUGGAAGGCAUACAAACAUGUUGGUGGGUUGAGAGUGAAGGCAUUAAUGUCAUCAUCACAAGUGAAGCCUGAACAAUAUGCAGUUCUUGUUAGAGACAUUCCUCUACACAAAACUAAAUCUACAAAACAACAGGUUGAUGCUUUUUUUAAGGACAUUUAUCCUAAUACAUUUUACAAAUCAAUGGUCGCCACUAACAAUAUUCAGGUGAAUAUUCUUUGGAAAAGAUUAGAAAAGCAAAGAAAAAACCUUGCACAAGCUGAAACAAUAUAUGAGGAGUCAAAAACAAAAGGCAAAAAAUCACCAUCAUCAUCUGAAGUAGCCAAAAGACCUACUCACAAAUUAGGCUUUCUUGGACUAUGUGGAAGAGAAGUAGACAGCAUUGAACACUACACAAACAAAGUCAAAGAACUUGAAUCCAAACAUGAAGAAGAAAGAACAAAAACACUUAAAGAUAAGCAAUUAAAUGCUGCAUUAGUUUUCUUCACAAACAGAGUAUCUGCAGCCUUAGCAGCUCAAAGCCUCCAUGACAAAUUGGUAGAUGAAUGGACAGUAACCGAAGCCCCCGAACCAUCGCAACUCCUAUGGAACAAUCUUCGAAUGAAGUUCUUCGAAAGACAACUAAGGAAAUAUGUUGUUUACUUCAUUGUUGCUCUAACAAUUUUAUUUUACAUGAUCCCAAUUGGGGUUGUGUCUGCUUUCACAACUUUGAAGAAUUUGAUGAAGCUUCUCCCAUUUUUGAAGUUGGUUUUGAAAAUGAGGAUUGUGAGGACAGUGCUUGAGGCUUAUUUGCCACAACUUGUGUUGAUUGUGUUUAUGUCUGUUUUGCCUAUGUUGCUUUUGUUUCUUUCUAAGGCAGAAGGGGUUGCUUCUGUGAGCCAUGCAGAGAGAGGUGCUGCUGGCAAGUUUUUUUACUUCACUGUGUUGAAUGUGUUCAUUGGUGUCACACUUGGUGGGACUUUGUUUAAUACAAUCAAAGAAAUUCAGCAAGAACCAAACUCCAUUGUUGAAAUUCUUGCUAGUAGUAUACCUCAAAAUGCAGCCUUCUUUAUCUCCUACGUUGCUCUAAAGUUUUUCGUGGGGUCUGGGGUUGAACUUUCUCGAAUAGUUGCUGUGAUUGCUUUUCAUAUAAAAAGAAAAUUGAUAUUCAAGACAGAAGCAGAAGAAAAAGAAGCAUGGCCAACAGGUGACCUUGGGUUUCAUACAAAGGUUCCUGAAGACAUGCUUGUUGUCACCAUUGUUCUUUGCUACUCUGUUAUUUCUCCAAUUAUUAUUGCAUUUGGCCUCGCACAUGUUGCCAUUGGAUGGCUUGUCACACGUAAUCAGGCUCUGAAAGUAUAUGUAACAAAAUAUGAAAGCUAUGGAGAAAUGUGGCCACACAUGGUAUUUCGAAUCCUUGCAGCUAUGAUAUUAUACCAAGUGACCAUGUUUGGUUACUUUGGAGUGAAGGAAUUUGUGUACACACCACUCUUAGUCCCACUCCCAAUCAUCACUUUUCUCUUUGGCUUCAUUGCACAUAAGAAGUUUCAUCGUUCAUUCCACCACAUUCCUCUCAAAAUCGCAGCCAUUGAACAAUCUACCCAAGUAGAUUUGGAACAAGUUUACACAUCAUUCAUACCUCCAAGCUUGGAGAUCAAACAUCACGAACCAGCAGUUUGAAUUAAUAUAUAUAUAUAUAUAUAUGUAUAACUGUGCUUGAUUAUUCUUUAUUGGUGUGGCAUGAGGUUUUUGAUUUCUGAUAGUAAUAUUAUCAUGUAUCCAUGUUUUUGUGCUAUAUAUAUGUUAAUGAAAUUUGAAUUUAUAUGUAUA